AUGAUCACGAUAAGCGGACAGGAAUACCACCUGCAGUUGGUAGAUACAGCGGGUCAGGUAGGAGAGUACACCACAGGGACUUAUUUUAAAAAUCAACUUCAAACCGUUUUUAUAAGAUCUUACAUUUCUACAUUGACUCAUGGUUGGGGACCUGGCCCUACUCAUAAUGUAGUAUCAUAUUAGAAUUUUAGAACACAGGCUAUGUUCCAAUGCCCACACUAGAAUGCGCCAUACUUCUAAUUAGAAUGAUUGCAUUACUCUUUUGCUCUAAGUCCUAGAAUCUAAGCGAUAUACUAAUAUGGACAUUGAAACUGAGCCAUUAUGUUACAGAAUGCAGGCUAAGCACUUAUUUCACUCAGUCUCUCUCUCUCUCUCUGUUACGAACCCCGUGGCUUUAAACGUCUAGGGUGGAUGGACAAGAGACCCAUAACAUAAUUCAUGCAAAUUAGAAUCGUGACAUGGAAACAGUGAGAACAAAAAAAAAUACACUGACAAACCAUAAGCUACCGUCAAACAUAAAAUGUUUAUUAUGAACACACGGUAAAGGUUUGAGAAAAAGGGCUGAGCAGGACCCAAGAAAUGAAACAGUAGUGUAAAAAAAAACUAAACUGAUCUUGCCUGCCUCAAGAACCGCUAAGCUACUGCUAAUCAUACAAAAAUACAGUGGGUGGUCCGCUCAGGUCUAACUAGUGUUUUUAGACAAUGUUCUUCCUACGGGUAAUGUAGGCCUAAGGGCAACUUGCUUAAAUCCCCCUUUUCCCAGAAACACACAACAAAGUUACCAAACAGAGUAACCAGCAAAUGAGUGAGUACCCAAAACACAGGACACCACAGUAUCCAUACUCACAUACGGAAAAUAGUCUCUCUCUACAAACACAACUGACUGGCUUUUAAAACAAUGGGAGGUGUGAGUGGGAAACCAGAAACAGGUGGUGCAAUACAGAGGAAUGUCCACUGAUUGGUCCACCUCAGCAAUCAGCAGCCAAACGGAUGUCGGACAGAUGGGACACCCCCAACGACCACCAAUCAGGAACAUAAAGGACACCUGUGAUUAGGGCAGAAGGAGAGGAAAAACACAAAAACACACACAGGAUACCUGUAUCCGUAACACUCUCUCUUUCUCUCUCUCUCUCGCUCUCGCUCUCGCUCUCGCUCUCUCCCUCCCCCCCUCUCUCUCCCUCCCCCCUCUCUCUCCCCAUCCCACCCUCUCUUUUCCAGGAUGAAUACUCUAUCUUUCCUCAGACCUAUUCCAUAGAUGUCAACGGUUACAUCCUGGUCUACUCUGUCACGUCCAAUAAAAGGUUAGUCAGCUAUUUACUCUACUAUAUUUUAAUGAUUUUAGAUUGUGCAAAAUUGUCUGCAGCAGGGGUGGUCAACCACUGUGCAGGUUUUUUACUUCAGCCCUGCUCGAAGCUGAUUCAGCUAAUCAAGGUCCUGAUGAGCAGCAGAAUCAGGUGUAUUAGAGUAGGGCUGGAACAAAAGCCUGCACAUCCAGCAGUAGCUCUAGAGGAGGGUUGCGCCCCCCCCCCCCCUCGGUCCACAAUGACCAGAUUAACUACACCAGCAUUACACAGACUGGGUCCCGGCCCCCCCCCCCUGGGUGCAUGUUGUGGUUUUUACACAGCUGAUUCAAAUAAUCACAGAAUGAUGACGAGUUUAUCAUUUUAAUAAGUCCCCAGUUCCCAGGACAGAGUUUUGGAAAUGCUGAACUAUUCUAUCAGCUCAGAUGUAUGGCAGUAUUUAUGUAUGACAGUAUAUGUGACAGUACAGUUGGGGGGAAAAAAGUAUUUAGUCAGCCACCAAUUGUGCAAGUUCUCCCACUUAAAAAGAUGAGAGGCCUGUAAUUUUCAUCAUAGGUACACGUCAACUAUGACAGACAAAUUGAGGGGAGAAAAAUCCAGAAAAUCACAUUGUAGGAUUUUUAAUGAUUUUAUUUGCAAAUUAUGGUGGAAAAAUAAGUAUUUGGUCACCUACAAACAAGCAAGAUUUCUAGCUCUCACAGACCUGUAACUUCUUCUUUAAGAGGCUUCUCUGUCCUCCACUCGUUACCUGUAUUAAUGGCACCUGUUUGAACUUAUUAUCAGUAUAAAAGACACCUGUCCACAACCUCAAACAGUCACACUCCAAACUCCACUAUGGCCAAGACCAAAGAGCUGUCAAAGGACACCAGAAACAAAAUUGUAGACCUGCACCAGGCUGGUAAGACUGAAUCUGCAAUAGGUAAGCAGCUUGGUUUGAAGAAAUCAACUGUGGGAGCAAUUAUUAGGAAAUGGAAGACAUACAAGACCACUGAUAAUCUCCCUCGAUCUGGGGCUCCACGCAAGAUCUCACCCCGUGGGGUCAAAAUGAUCACAAGAACGAUGAGCAAAAAUCCCAGAACCACACAGGGGGACCUAGUGAAUGACCUGCAGAGAGCUGGGACCAAAGUAACAAAGCCUACCAUCAGUAACACACUACGCUGCCAGGGACUCAAAUCCUGCAGUGCCAGACGUGUCCCCCUGCUUAAGCCAGUACAUGUCCAGGCCCGUCUGAAGUUUGCUAGAGUGCAUUUGGAUGAUCCAGAAGAGGAUUGGGAGAAUGUCAGAUGAAACCAAAAUACAACUUUUUGGUAAAAACUCAACUCGUCGUGUUUGGAGGACAAAGAAUGCUGAGUUGCAUCCAAAAACACCAUACCUACUGUGAAGCAUGGGGUGGAAAUAUCAUGCUUUGGGGCUGUUUUUCUGCAAAGGGACCAGGACGACUGAUCCGUGUAAAGGAAAGAAUGAAUGGGGCCAUGUAUCGUGAGAUUUUGAGUGAAAACCUCCUUCCAUCAGCAAGGGCAUUGAAGAUGAAACGUGGCUGGGUCUUUCAGCAUGACAAUGAUCCCAAACACACUGCCCGGGCAACGAAGGAGUGGCUUCGUAAGAAGCAUUUCAAGGUCCUGGAGUGGCCUAGCCAGUCUCCAGAUCUCAACCCCAUAGAAAAUCUUUGGAGGGAGUUGAAAGUCCGUGUUGCCCAGCGACAGCCCCAAAACAUCACUGCUCUAGAGGAGAUCUGCAUGGAGGAAUGGGCCAAAAUACCAGCAACAGUGUGUGAAAACCUUGUGAAGACUUACAGAAAACGUUUGACCUGUGUCAUUGCCAACAAAGGGUAGAUAACAAAGUAUUGAGAAACUUUUAUUAUUGACCAAAUACUUAUUUUCCACCAUAAUUUGCAAAUAUAUUCUUUAAAAAUCCUACAAUGUGAUUUUCUGGAUAUUUUUUUCUCAUUCUGUCUGUCAUAGUUGACGUGUACCUAUGAUGAAAAUUACAGGCCUCUCUCAUCUUUUUAAGUGGGAGAACUUGCAUAAUUGGUGGCUGACUAAAUACUUUUUUUCCCCACUGUAUAUGUCACAGUAUUUAUGUAUGACAGUAUAUGUGACAGUAUGUGUGACAGUAUAUAUAACAGUAUGUUGUUUUUCUUCUCUUCCAGUUUUGAAGUAGUUCAGGUUAUCCAUGAAAAACUUCUGGAUAUGGUGGGGAAAUCUCAGUGAGUCUCUACUGUAACCUGACGUAUAUUAACCCUCUACUGUAACCUGACGUAUAUUAACCCUCUACUGUAACCUAACAUAGCAGGCCUAAAAGAAACGCCUGAAACUAAACGCCUCACAUUCUGGUCAUGACGAGAGAAACAAACUGUCCGAGGAGGUUCACCCUAUCCAGUAAAUGUGGAGUAGGAGUUAAGAUGGAGUAUCGUCUUGUUAAUAAUCAGAUGGUAACAACUUCAGAGCUAGCCAGCUAGCGUUAUCUAGCGAUUAAUGGAAUCGGCGACAAAGUUGACACCAACAAUAUUGGUAUGUGGUGUUUGUCGACUUUGUGGCACUUGCUUGGAAAGCUCCGUGUUUUCCAGUCAUACAGUGCCGCGAAAAAGUAUUUUCCCACUUUCUGACUUUCUCUAUUUUUGCCCCCUUACACUCAAUAACUGGUUGUGCCACCUUUAGCUGCAAUGACUCCAGCCAAACGCUUCCUGUAGUUGUUAAUCAGUCUCUCACAUCGCUGUGGAGGACAUUUGGCCCACUCUUUCGUGCAGAACUGUUUUAACUCAGCGACAUUUGUGGGUUUUCAAGCAUGAACUGCUCGUUUCAAGUCCUGCCACAACAUCUCAAUUGGGAUUAGGUCUGGACUUUGACUAGGCCAUUCCAAAACUUCAAAUGUGUUGCUUUUUAACAAUUUUAAUGUAGACUUGAUUGUGUGUUUUGGAUCAUUGUCUUGCUGCAUGACCCAGCUGCGCUUCAGCUUCAGCUCGCAGACAGAUGGUCUGACAUUCUCCUGUACAAUUAUCUGAUAUAGAGAAGAAUUCAUGGUUCCUUCUAUUAAGGCAAGUCGUCCAGGUCCUGAGGCAGCAAAGCAUCCCCAAACCAUCACACCACCACCACCAUGCUUGACCGUUGGUAUGAUGUUCUUACUGUGGAAUGCAGUGUUUGGUUUCCAUCUCGUCAAAUAAGCAGUUCAUGCAUGAAAACCCACAGCGACGUGAGAGACUGAUCAACAACUACAGGAAGCGUUUGGUUGGAGUCAUUGCAGCUAAAGGUGGCACAACCAGUUAUUGAGUGUAAGGGGGCAAUUACUUCUUCACACAAAGGAAUUGGGUGUUGCGUAACUUUGUUUAUUAAAUAAAUGAAAUAAGUAUGUAAUUGUUGUGUUAUUUAUUCACUAGAGGUUCCCUUUAUCUAAUAUUAGGUUUUGGUUGAAGAUCUGAUAACAUUCAGUAUCGUGCACUAUAUGUUUCACCGGGGACUGUAAACUGCGAGGCACAUGUCCAAAAGCGGAAGUCGCAUCACAGGCUCUCUUCCUUUUGCCCCUAAAAACCAGAUGUCUCAGAUUUUUGCCCCUGAAAACCGGAUGGCUCAUAUUUUUGCCCCUGAAAACCGGAUGGCUCAGAUUUUUGCCCCUGAAAACCGGAUGGCUCAGAUUUUUGCCCCUGAAAACCGGAUGGCUCAGAUUUUUGCCCCUGAAAACCGGAUGGCUCAGAUUUUUGCCCCUGAAAACCGGAUGGCUCAGAUUUUUGCCCCUGAAAACCGGAUGGCUCAGAUUUUUGCCCCUGAAAACCGGAUGGCUCAGAUUUUUGCCCCUGAAAACCGGAUGGCUCAGAUUUUUGCAGAUGAGGCUGAGGGUGCAUCUACCGUGUCUAUGUAACAUUUGAGAAUAUGGGAUACAACAUGUGGUUUUGUAUUGGAUACAUGGGAUACAAUAUGUGGUUUUGUCUCUGAUACAUGGGAUACAACAUGUGGUUUUGUAUUGGAUACAUGGGAUACAACAUGUGGUUUUGUCUCUGAUACAUGGGAUACAACAUGUGGUUUUGUCUUGGAUACAUGGGAUACAACAUGUGGUUUUGUCUCUGAUACAUGGGAUACAACAUGUGGUUUUGUAUUGGAUACAUGGGAUACAACAUGUGGUUUUGUCUCUGAUACAUGGGAUACAACAUGUGGUUUUGUCUCUGAUACAUGGGAUACAACAUGUGGUUUUGUCUCUGAUACAUGGGAUACAACAUGUGGUUUUGUCUCUGAUACAUGGGAUACAACAUGUGGUUUUGUCUCUGAUACAUGGGAUACAACAUGUGGUUUUGUCUCUGAUACAUGGGAUACAACAUGUGGUUUUGUCUUGGAUACAUGGGAUACAACAUGUGGUUUUGUCUCUGAUACAUGGGAUACAACAUGUGGUUUUGUCUCUGAUACAUGGGAUACAACAUGUGGUUUUGUCUCUGAUACAUGGGAUACAACAUGUGGUUUUGUAUUGGAUACAUGGGAUACAACAUGUGGUUUUGUCUCUGAUACAUGGGAUACAACAUGUGGUUUUGUCUCUGAUACAUGGGAUACAACAUGUGGUUUUGUCUCUGAUACAUGGGAUACAACAUGUGGUUUUGUUUCUGAUACAUGGGAUACAACAUGUGGUUUUGUAUUGGAUACAUGGGAUACAACAUGUGGUUUUGUCUCUGAUACAUGGGAUACAACAUGUGGUUUUGUCUCUGAUACAUGGGAUACAACAUGUGGUUUUGUAUUGGAUACAUGGGAUACAACAUGUGGUUUUGUCUCUGAUACAUGGGAUACAACAUGUGGUUUUGUCUCUGAUACAUGGGAUACAACAUGUGGUUUUGUCUCUGAUACAUGGGAUACAACAUGUGGUUUUGUCUCUGAUACAUGGGAUACAACAUGUGGUUUUGUCUCUGAUACAUGGGAUACAACAUGUGGUUUUGUCUCUGAUACAUGGGAUACAACAUGUGGUUUUGUCUCUGAUACAUGGGAUACAACAUGUGGUUUUGUAUUGGAUACAUGGGAUACAACAUGUGGUUUUGUCUCUGAUACAUGGGAUACAACAUGUGGUUUUGUCUCUGAUACAUGGGAUACAACAUGUGGUUUUGUAUUGGAUACAUGGGAUACAACAUGUGGUUUUGUAUUGGAUACAUGGGAUACAACAUGUGGUUUUGUCUCUGAUACAUGGGAUACAACAUGUGGUUUUGUCUUGGAUACAUGGGAUACAACAUGUGGUUUUGUCUCUGAUACAUGGGAUACAACAUGUGGUUUUGUCUCUGAUACAUGGGAUACAACAUGUGGUUUUGUCUUGGAUACAUGGGAUACAACAUGUGGUUUUGUCUUGGAUACAUGGGAUACAACAUGUGGUUUUGUCUCUGAUACAUGGGAUACAACAUGUGGUUUUGUCUUGGAUACAUGGGAUACAACAUGUGGUUUUGUCUCUGAUACAUGGGAUACAACAUGUGGUUUUUGUCUCUGAUACAUGGGAUACAACAUGUGGUUUUGUCUUGGAUACAUGGGAUACAACAUGUGGUUUUGUCUUGGAUACAUGGGAUACAACAUGUGGUUUUGUCUCGGAUACAUGGGAUACAACAUGUGGUUUUGUCUCUGAUACAUGGGAUACAACAUGUGGUUUUGUCUCUGAUACAUGGGAUACAACAUGUGGUUUUGUCUCGGAUACAUGGGAUACAACAUGUGGUUUUGUCUCGGAUACAUGGGAUACAACAUGUGGUUUUGUAUUGGAUACAUGGGAUACAACAUGUGGUUUUGUAUUGGAUACAUGGGAUACAACAUGUGGUUUUGUCUCUGAUACAUGGGAUACAACAUGUGGUUUUGUAUUGGAUACAUGGGAUACAACAUGUGGUUUUGUCUUGGAUACAUGGGAUACAACAUGUGGUUUUGUCUUGGAUACAUGGGAUACAACAUGUGGUUUUGUCUCGGAUACAUGGGAUACAACAUGUGGUUUUGUCUCGGAUACAUGGGAUACAACAUGUGGUUUUGUCUCGGAUACAUGGGAUACAACAUGUGGUUUUGUCUUUCUCUACAGAGUACCUAUUAUGUUGGUGGGAAAUAAGAACGACCUGCACAUGGAAAGGUGUGUUACUUACUGACAUACGUAGAUACACACACUCACACACACACACACAAACACACACACACACACACACACACACUAAAGCUCUCUGAUUCAGAGGGGUUGGGUUAAAUGCGGAAGACACAUUUCAGUUGAAUGCAUUCAGUUGUACAACUGACUAGGUAUCCGUGACGCCAUCCUCUAACCUGUUGGUGUGUGUGUGUGUGUGUGUGUGUGUGUGUGUGUGUGUGUGUGUGUGUGCGCGUGUGGGGUGUCUGAUUGGUGUGAUGUUACUUUGUGUCCCAGGGUGAUCAGCUGUGAGGAAGGGAAGGCACUAGCAGACUCCUGGAACGCUGCCUUCAUGGAAUCCUCAGCUAAAGAGAACCAGGUGAAAACAACUAGAACACGUCUAUGCCAUAGAACAGGGCCUGGAGGGACAAAACACUUCUGGUACUUGUUUCUACCUGGUAGUUAAUCACCUGGUUUCCCAGGUCUGAAUUAGUCCCUGGUUGGAAGGAGAGAAUGAAAACCUGAAGAAGUGUUUUUUGCCCUCUAUGACCGACAUCGAACAGCCCUGCCGUAGAUCGUAGCACUAAUACACCUGAUUCCACGAACCAACUCCUCAUCAAACCUUUGAUUAAUGGAAUCAGGAGUGUAGUACUAGGGCGAAAACUACAAUAUGCACCUAUUUGGUCCCCAGGGCCAGGGUUAAAAAACACUGCUACAGGCACUGAGCUUGGGAGUCUACAGGCCUGUAUUGCAGUACUCUGUACUCUACAGCAGGGGGCAGCUCAGCUCUCCACACUAUUGAAAGGAACAUUCCAGAGAAGUUACAGUACUGUUCUCUCUCUCUCUCUCUCUCUCUCGCUCUCUCUCUCUCUCUCUCUCUCUCUCUCUCUCUGACGGUGGUGUCGUAGUAGAUAGUAAAGUAGUCUGUUCUAUUUCUUUCCGGUGUGUGUUUCCGACGGCGGUGGAGUUGUUAUAUUCUAACCGGUGUGUCUCUGUGUGUGUCUCAGACGGCGGUGGAGGUGUUCAAGAGGAUGAUCCUGGAGGCCGAGAAGCUGGAAGGAGGCGUCCAACCAGGGAAGACUUCCUGCUCCUUGAUGUAG